AUGGUAAUUAAUAAUGAAGAAGUAAAUACUAUGAAUGAAGCUGAACUGAAGAGAGUAUAUUACGAGAAUUUUAUUGAAGAAUUAAAUGAUGAAGAAUUAAUGUAUAAGAAAACAGUCGAAGAUUUAUUUUACAUAUACAAAUCCUUUGGGUUUAUAUAUUCCAUAAUAAAAAAGGCUAAUUUAUUAUUAAGUAAAGAAAAUUGUGAUACUUUUUUGAAAUCCUUAGUAAGUUUCAUUGAUGAACUCUUUUUAUAUAACCCUUCUUUAUUUAACAACGAAUUAAAUAAUGGAUUGAAUGUACCAUACGUAAAUAAAGACAAUAUACUUCCAAAUAAGAAAAGAAAAUAUGCAACUGACACAGGUUUAAAUGAUAUGAAUGAUUUGAAUGAUAGCAAUGAUACUAAUGAUACGAAUGAUAUGAAUCAUACGAAAGAUAUGAAUGAUAUAAACAAUAUGAAUAAUGUGAACAAUAUGAACAAUGAAAAUACAUCAUUUAUGAAUAUCAUGUCAAAAACUUAUGUUGAAGAAUUAAUUAAAGAUAUUAAAAAUGUAGAUGAUAAUUUUAGUGAAUCUAACUGUAGUGAUUUUUUAUAUAUUGUAAAAAAUAUUUUAAAAAUGAAAAAUACCAGUGAUAUUGAAACUGUUAAGAAUAGAUUUGAGAAAAUAAAAAAUAUAUUAAACAUAGGAAAAAGUAUAUUUGACAAAAAAGAUAUUCUUUACGAAAUGAAUGAUCAUAAAAAGAAAGCCCAUGAACAUAUAGAUGAUAUGUAUACAAAAUUAAAUAACAUUGAACCAAUUAUUAUUUCUAUUAUAUAUAAACAAAAUUUUUGGUAUAAUAAUAUAUUAAAUAAAUCUGAAUAUGAUAGUAUUAAUUCUAUACUAAACCUUAACAUAGAUGUAGAUAAUGAAAAGAUAGAACAAGUAUAUACAGAAGUAUUAUUAUUAUUAAGUGAAGAAAUGACACAGAAUAAAGAUUUACAUUUUGCUAAAGAAAAAUUAGAAAGAUUAAAAACAAGUUAUGAUGCAGAAAUACAACGUAAAUUGCAACAAGAAAUGGAAUUAACAAAAAAGCUAGAUGAUAAAAGAAAAGCUGUACAAUUUAUUAUUGAUAGAUAUAAUGAAUAUACAUGGUUUGAUAAAAAUUCACCUAAAAAACAUUCAUUUUAUAUAUUAGGUAUUAAUCCAAGAAAUAUUACAGAAGAACAAUUAAAAUCUUUUGGUAAGAGAUUAAAACAUAUUUUACAUCCUGAUAAAGAACCAGAUACUGAAUGGAAGAAAAAAGCAGAAUCUGCUUUUAAAGAAGCUUCUUUAGCUAUCUUAGGUUGUCAACAAGAAUUUAAAACAAAAAUCUUAAAAAAUUUAGAACCUGGACCACUAGCACCAUAUUUAACACUAAUUGGUAUUGAAAGUACUACAAAUGAAUCUAAUGAAAAAGAUAAUAUAAAUAAAAAUAAAUCAUCUAAUUUAAAUGAUAAUAAUAAUAAUAAUAAUUUAAAUGGUGCAACAGCAUUUCAUCCUUAUUAUCCAACCCAAGUAUAUUAUCCUAAAUGUGAAUUAAAAUGUGUAGACCAAAAAAUUGGUACAGUACUUAUUGAUAUUAAAUGUCCUGUUCAAUUAGGUGUUAUUAAAAAAGUUAUUUUAUAUGUGCAUAGACCAAUAUAUGGUAAUGAACCCAUGAAUUUAAUACCAGAUGAUACAUAUUUAUCUUAUAAAAAAGAACAUAAUGUUAAUGUAAAAAAUUUAAAUCAAUCUAUUGAAGUUCGAGUUGAUUAUGUUCAACCGUUAGAAAUUGCGUCUUCUACAAAAUAUUAUAUAGGUAUACAAUUAAUAGCUGAAAGGGGAAAUACAAUGAUAAACUGGAAUUCUAUUAAUAUAACCUUACAUAAAUUUAGUAAUAAAAAUAUAAUAAAAAAAUUGUUAACAUCUUUUAAAAAUGCAACCUUUAUAAAUCAAGCACAAUUAAAUAAUAUUUUAGCAAAUGAAAAUAAAGACGAAAUGACGAAAUUUUUGAAUGAAUGCAUAGCAGCUGCGAAGCUAUGGGCCCAAACGGUUUAA